AUGGUGAGCAGCCCAACUGAAGAAGACCUGAUAGUGAGAAGGGGUUUACAGAUGGACUGUACACUGUUCUGGCUGUUGUUGAGCUUUCUGUUGUCUGAGGGCAGCAGUUCUUCAGUUCUUCAGAACUCGCAUCGCAGCUUUUCCAACUCACUCAGACUAACGCGCUCCGUCCGGGCUCGCGCGCAACAACUGCUGCAGCGAUACAAAGAAGAACAGUUUGGCGACAGUCACUUUGAGGACAGAAGACUUGUCCUGAACACACUGCCAUCCAUCACCAUAAAGUACCGAACCUGGCUACAGAUGGAGGACACUGAACGCUUGUCCUCGGCCUCUCGUGACCUCAACACUUUCUGGAGCCACCUGGAGAGCCAGCGUCAGAAACUGGAGAUGGAGAUGGAAGAAGGGAGAGAGGGUGCUGCAGACAGGACGAUGCAAAGGCGAAACAAAAGAGGAAGACCCCAACUUUCCUUGCCCCAAAGCAUGCUUGGAGUUCAGCUGGAUCUGCGUGACCUCAUGAGACAGGUCAACUCUCAGCUGGCGGACAUGAAGGUCUUCAAUCAGGACCCCACUACUGACUCUGUGCCCACCGCUGCCCCGACCAGCGCCUUUUCUAGCCCAACACACCCCACUCCAACCCAGUCUCCCCUCACAAGCACAGAGGGACCUUCUAGCACAGUGCAGACGAUUCCUCGUGCCUCCAACCCGACCUCCACAGUCUCUGCUUCAACCUCCAGCCCCAUUGCCAGCAUGUCUGGGCCUCGCUCCACUCUGAAACACAUUUUGGCCUCCACCCCAUGGGACCCGGCAGCCAGCACCAACGAAAAACAAAGACGGACCGUAUUUGGAAGUACAGAAGCAGCUUCCAGCUCUGAGGAUGUAACUCAGGCCACUACGGUCACUGCGUCGUCCAAGGCCAAGUUUACCACUCAAGUGUCUGGACCCUCAAGGUGGGUGUCUCGCCUGGAGGGCUACGUUAUUCUCAGGGAUCUCGAGCGCUACCUAACCAAGCUAGCUCGAGACUACACACUUCUGCGGGCUAAAUACUAA